AUGAUCUGCGUUGAGACUCAACAUUUUAAUCUUAAUCGGAUUCUUCUACUUGCAAUCGGUUUAUGGCCAUAUCGAAAAUCAAAAUUUAGUCAACUUCAGACAACUUUGUGUUUUGGUAUUCUGACAAGCUUUGUUGUAUUUCAGUUCACAGCGUUGAUAACAACAAAAUGUACUGCUGACUUUAUCAUCAAAAUUUGCUCUACCGCAAUAUUCUUUAGUUUCUACGUAAUUAACUACAACAUGUUCUGGAUUAAUACUCAUAAUAUGAGAAAUUUAUUGGAGCAACUACAGUAUAUCUGUAAUGAAUUGAAAGACGAAAAUGAACUUGCUAUCAUUAAAAAGUUUGGACAUAAUACAAGACGUUGUACUGCUAUUAUUACAUUGUUCACCAUAUGCAGCACAUUUUUGGUUAUUUUGCUACCAAUUUGGCCACAGAUCCUCAGUACUGUUCUGCACAUAAAUGAGUCUCGAAUACAGAGUCAGACAAUACAAAUCACGACUGAAUACUUUGUCGAUCAAAAUAAAUAUUUUUAUUUUAUUUUACUGCAUUCAAACACAGUUAUUUGUAUUGGAGCGACUACGUUGACAGCGACGGGGACAAUGCUCAUAGGAUGCGCCAUACACGCCUGUGGAUUGUUUAGAAUUGCAAGUUAUCGUAUGGAACAAAUAAUGACAAUCAAAAUGCUCCAAGAUAUUAACUUGAAGAAUAGGACUAUGAUAUGUAACAAAAUAUUUUAUGCUGUCGAAAUCCAUCGCAAAGCUAUAAAGUUCACCGACUUUUUGUUUGCUAGUUUUCAAGGCUCGCUCUUGUUGUUAAUAGCGAUAACUGUAAUUUCUAUGAGUCUGAACGUAUUUGCAAUUUACCGGAAUGCAUUGCUUGGAAAUACGGAAGCUAUUUUAUUACACCUUGUAGGUAUAUUUACCAUUCUUCUAUAUUCGUUUAUAAGUAAUUAUAUCGGAGAAGAGCUUUGCAAUCACAGUAAUCACAUAUACUCCACCACGUACAAUAUCCGAUGGUAUAUGGCACCAUUAUACGCACAGAAAAUGAUACUUUUUAUUUUGCAAAGAGGCAGUCAAGUUUCCGAUAUAAAUAUUGCGGGACUAUUUGUACCAUCAUUAGAAUGUUUUGCCACGCUAACAAAAGCAUCGAUGUCUUAUUUCACCGUUUUAUAUUCUAUGCAGCAAUGA